GAAAAAAAAAACAAUUACUUUAUUUUAUUAUUAUUAUUUAAAAUAAAAAGAAAGAACAAAGCCAAAGUAGACUCUCACACAAGAACAAGAGAAAGACGAACACAUCACUCUGUCUCUCUUCUUCUUAGCCCUAUACCCAUAUAUUUCCUAAUCCCUCAUGCCUUGUUCUUUAAACUAAAAAAUCAUUCUCAAAUCUCAAAAUUAGAAGUGGCUAAACCAAACCCAUAAGCUUAAUUUUAGGGGAAAAAACCCUUCUUCUUCUUCCCAAAAACCCAUUCCAAUUUAUUGUUUUUGGGACCCAAAAAGAAAAAUGGCAGAAGGCAAUAAAAAUCCCAACUGGAAAGUUGGAAAGGCCUUGGAGAAGUCUAAUUUUGCUCAGACAUGUACUCUAUUGAGUCAGUUUUUGAAGGAGAAGAGAGCUACUGAGGCUGGAUUGGCUGCAAAUAAUAAAUCUGAAAACAAAGAAAAAUUGGCUCCAGCUUCUUCUUCAAUGAAUUUCUUGACCAAUAUGCAUAUGGAAAAUCCAGCUCCAGGGAAUAGUACACGAAGUGCUUCUGCUACAGAAACCUCACCAAUGGUGAAAUCCCCCAAUUUUUUUCCCCAACUUGUUUCCCCAAACUCCAAUAUUCAAGACUCUAUCAAACCUGAUCCAAGGAAAACGACAAGUACGAAUGUUGAGUGUUCACAAAUGACAAUAUUUUACGCUGGCCAAGUCCUAACUUUUAACGAUCUGCCGAUUGAUAAAGCGAACGAAGUGUUGGCAUUGGCUAGAAAAGGAUGCUCUUCAAGCUCAAACUUAAUUAAUAAUAAUAACUCUUCUGCUGCUUCUGUUACUACUCUAAAUUUCAAGGAGAAAACUACUGACUCUUCCAAUAUUAUAAUUAAUAUUAAUGAGUCUCCUGCUGACACUGAUGAAGUCUCCAAUUCCAAUUUGGUCAUUAAAAACAAAACUUCAGUUGUUCCCAUUAUUCCCAAGUCUAAUAAAAAAUUCCCAACUCUUGAACCGAUUCAAGAAAGUAACGCUGAAGCCGCCGCUAAUGGAUCUGACUUGCCAAUUGCCAGAAGAAACUCACUCCAUCGGUUCUUGGAGAAGAGAAAAGACAGGGUGGCAGCAAAAGCACCAUACCAAGUGAAUAAUAAUCGCCCAGUUAAUAUGGCUUCCCCAAAACCAGCUGAUGAAGGAAAUCAAUGGAGGAGUAGUACUAGUACGAGUGCUAGUGAAGGUGAAUGUUCAGAGCAAUUAGAACUCAAGUUAUAAUAACUGUGACUUGCCAGAGAGAUUUGAGCUCAUUCAUCAUUUGUUAAUCUUAGAUCCUAUAUAUAUAAUUGUAUAUUUUUAUUUUAUUUUUUUUGGCUAUUUAAUCAUUAAUUUAGCAAUUAUAAAUCCUAACUAUAUAUAUACUCCUUUAAUUAUCAUCCAUGCAUUGUUUAAUCUCAGAUUUUUGUAAUUACUCACUUGUAAUGAUUUACUUUUCCAUUGUUAUUCAUGCUAGCUCGUCGAAUGCUUUGAGAGUUAAUGAAUGAGUUCUGUUAUCAAAA